AUGAAUGAAAAAAAAAAUGAUUUCUUUUCGUUCUUCAAUGGAUCUUAGAAGAAAAAGGAAACAAAAAAAAUCAUCUUCGAUGAAAAUUUCUUUAAUCUACAGGUUAAUGGAGGAAAGAUUCAUAGCGAUAGGAUUGUAAUUGAAGCCAUCUCUGUUGUUGGUAAUUGUAUUAUAGUAAAAGAAGAUAAUGAGAAGUUGGAAACUGACAUCAAAUGGUUUUAGAUCUCACCAAACAAUGAUUUUAAUACACUAGGAAUAACGGGAAACUCUUAUCAACCUAGUAUAGAAGAUGUUGGCUCUAAGUUCAUGAUCCAAGUUGUGCCAAUUAAAGAGGGUAGACAAUAUGAAGGAAUGCCCAAGUCAUUAGAAAUAGGGCCAUUGCUUAAAGAUGAAUCUAUUCAAGAAGAUAUCGACGAAUUAUUGGACAAUGAGAAAAUGACUGUAUUUGUCACUUUAGAAUAAAUAUUAAGCAAAGAUUUUGAAAUUGUACUAAAAUAUUAAUUAAAAAGGAAGCAGAAUUGCCAAUCAAUUGCAUACUCAAAAUAACCCUUAAAAAUAUGGAAUUAGAACUAAAAAAGAAUGAUCAAACUAUCCAUCAUAUUUAAGUCCCCUUGCAAGCACAGUAUCCAUCAUGUUCGUCUAAGCAAGGGACUAGCGAGAGCUUCAUCCUAAAAAUUGAUUAAACAAAUUAGUUUUAAAUGAAAGCAGCAGAUAAUUCAUAAAGAGAUAUAAUUUUGACUGUCAUAAAAGGAUUUUAUGGCAAAGGCAUAUGGAAGGAUUAGGAAACUUAAUAAAUUGGAGAAAGUGAGGAUGAGGAUGAAUCAGAUGAUGCUGAAGAAUAGGAAUUAGAAUAGUAAGUGGAUGAAAAUCCCAAAGAUGAACAAUAGGAGCAAAAUUUACAAUAUGGUCAAUAGGAUGAAAUUUUAAAAGAAGAAGGAAAAGACGAUGUAAAAGAUGUAGCAUAAGAGCAAUUAGAUGAUAAAUCAGUUGAGUCUAAAAUAAUAAAAUAGGAUAGAGAAUAAUAAGAAAUCAAUAUUAUCUAAAAUCAAUAAUUAAUUGAAUAAUCUGAAUUGCAAUAAGCAACAGAAUCUAUUGAAUAAUUGCAAUCCAAAGAGUAAGAUGAUUAAGUAGAUGAACAUAAAUCAGAAGUUGAAUAACAAUAACAGUAAAUUAUAGAAUAAAAGAUAAAUAUUGAAGAAUAAUAAAAUGUUCAAGUGAUAGAGGAGUAGAAAAAACCUAUCGAAUCAACAGCAAUAAUAACUCGAACUAAAUCUGAUGAAAUAAUUUAAUAGGCUGAUGAAUCUAAAAUCGAAGAUUUAGAAAGCAAUUAAAAUAAUGAUGAAAAAUAAUAAAACGACAAAACUUAAGAAUAAUAAUAAAAAGAAAUAUUUUAAGAAGUAUAAUAAUAAUAAAAUUAAGAAAUAUAAGAUUAGUAAUAGUAAAAAUAAUAAGAAUAAUAAGAAUAAGAAUAAUAGUAAAAAUAAUAAGAAUAGUAAUUAUAAGAAUAAUAGUAAUAAUAGUAAUAAAAAGAAUAAUAAUAGUAGUAGUAAUAAGAAUAAUAAUAGUAAUAGUAAUAGUAAUAGUAAUAAUAGCAAUAAUAAUAAUAAUAACAAUAAUAGAAUUAAUAGUUAUAGAAAUAAUAACAAGAUGCUUAGUAACCGAAAAUUGAUGCAGCAUCGAAUUAAUCAUUGUAGGUUGACUAACAAGACUAGUAAACUAAAGAUAUAGAAAAUAAAUAAUAAUUAGAUAAUGUUAAUAGUAAAUAAAAUGAAUAAAAUAAUUAAGUAAAUAAGGAAGAAUAAUAAGGCAAGCAAAGAGUUGAUCAUAAGUUUUAAUCAGUCAUAAUUAGCUCAGAAAAUAAUAAGGAGGAGAAAGCCAGUCCUAUUAAGAAAAAAGAGAAAAAAAAUAAUAUGGAUUUGUAUAUUUAAAUAAAUGAGAACGUGAAAUUAAAAUAAGACAUUGAGUAAUAUAAAGUUAACUAAUAAAAGGACAAUGAAACAAUCCAAAAAUAAAAGAAACAAGUAAGAUAUUUAUAAAUAUAAUAGAUUUAAACGCUAACGGAGUAAUUAAAUAAUUGCACUAAGAAUUAUUAUUUACUUGAGGAGGAAUGUACAAAUCAAAAGAAGAUCAUGCAUAAUUUAAAUGAUUAAAAAGUAUUUUUAUAACAGGAUAUCAACAUGUACAAAACUUAACUAUUGGAACUAACAGAAUCCAGUUCUAAUUAGAAAGAGGAGAUCUCAUAAUUGCAAAAAAGAUUGAAGAGAUAAUAACAAUCAUAAGAUUUGAAUGAAGCAAAGAAAUAGAUUGAGUAAUUAAAGGAAGAUAUUGCAAAGAAGGAUUUAAUGUUAGAGGCUGCAAAUAAGGACCAUAUUUUAGCUUAGUAAAAAAUAGAGGACCUGGAGAAGGUUAUUGAAGGAUUUUAGAAUCAAUUAAUUCAUGAAAAAAAGAAAUAUGAAAGUUUGGCUUUGGAGAAAGGAAUUAAAUAACCAUAAAUAAUUUAAAAAGAUUUUUAGAGAUUAUAAUUUGAGAGACCUAUUUCAAAGGAUAUUAAGCCUGUAGCUUAAUCUAUGAUUCAAUUAGAUGAUGCAGAGAAAUAUUCAAUCGAUAUAAGUUAGAGUAUGUCAAAGUAAAAAAUAUGUUCUAUAAAAUAGUUUAGAUAGUGAUGGUGAAGUGAAUCGAUUGAAGAAUCAGAUAAUGCAUUUGGAAGCUACAUUGAGAAGGUAAUUAAAUAAUUAUAUAAAUAAAGUUUGAAGAUAGCGUAUGAAUAGGAUGUCAGAUAUACGAAAGGAAAGUCAGGAAAAUCAAUGACUGGAAGUAGUAAAGAUAUUAAGUAUUUAUAACACAUUGCAAAUAAUAUGGCAGAAAUUAUAACGGAGAAGGACUCUUAAUUGGAGAAUUAGAAGAGAAUAAACAAGGAAUUGCUCACUAAAUUAUAGAUUUUAUAAUAAUAGUAAUAAUGAGGACAUGCAU